UGGUUCUGUACGUCCUUUCGAUUGCUUAUAUUCCUUUUAGGGUUUCUUGGAAGUGAAGUAAUAGCUUUCAUUCUUUCAUCACAAAUCUCAGUUGGAAGUUUGAAGAGCCCUAAGAUACUGUAGCAUUUGUGCAACUUCGAUGGCUUUCCCAAGCGAGCUGGGAUUGCGAGUUUUGCUUUACCCUCUUGAUUCUAACAUUGUUGUCCGUACAGCCUGUUGUUGCGUGGGGAUUGCUAUACCCGUUUUCUCUACUUUUAAAGCUAUUGAGCAGAAAGAUCGAGACGAGCAACAGCGACUGCUUCUUUAUUGGGCAGCUUAUGGAACUUUCAGUAUAGCAGAAGCAUUCACAGACAAAUUUAUCUUCUGGUUUCCACUCUACUACCAUAUGAAGUUUGCAUUUCUUGUUUGGUUACAACUUCCAUCUGCCAAUGGUGCAAAGCAUUUGUAUAUGAGAUAUCUGCGACCAUUUUUACUGAGGCAUCAAGCAAGACUUGAUCAAAUUGUGGACUUUGUAUACAGUGAAAUGAGCAAAUUUAUCUGUGCACACCAAGCAGAAUUCCGGUUUGUGAAGUCAAUUUUAGUGAAGAUUCUAGCAUCAGUUAGAGAUUUGGUACACCCAGUGCGCACGCAUGCAAAUGGUGCAAUUGAAGGCCCAAGAAGACAAGUUCAGGACUCAGAGUCAGACAAGGAAGAUUGAGAUUUUCUUCUAGGAUCCGGUUUACCAAUCCCUCUUUUCCCAGGACUAGUGUUUGUCUUUGGAAGUUUGGUAGUCAUUGCUUUUACUUUGCUCUUUUUUUAACCGUGGGGAUGAGGAAAGGGAUUGAAUUUAAUAGCUUCAUAUAUUGUACAUAAAGAUGAUUCUUUUUCUUUUUCUUUCUUUUAUGUUUUCCAGCUUUGGAUUUGACACACUAAUUCUUGAUAAAGAUACGAGUAUAGUUAAUUGCCA